GUAGUUUUAGAACGACCGUCUUCGCAGAUGUCGUAUCUGGAUCAAUUUUUGAAGGAGACGAAUUCGUCGUCGCAACAAAUUAACACGUACGACAAUGUGCCGAGUCAAAAUCUGUUCAAGGGCGGCUCGAUAGAGUCCGAAGAGGGCGAUAUAGAGGACAAUAGAGCUUUGAGUAUGACCAGUUCCAAGAGUAAUUUAUCAGAAAUUAGUAUGCACGAACCCCAAUCGCCGAUGAAACACAAAGCCCAUCAAUUUUUGGUAAGAACGUUUUCUAGUCCGACAAAAUGCAGCCACUGCACAUCGUUAAUGGUGGGCCUGAUGCGGCAAGGAAUGGUCUGCGAAAUUUGCGGUUUCACAUGUCACACGUCGUGCUGUGCGCACGUGCCCGCCGUAUGCCCGGUUCCACCUGAUCAGACCAAACGACCACUCGGUAUAGAUCCCACAAGAGGUAUAGGAACGGCUUACGAGGGAUACGUAAAAGUUCCAAAAACCGGCGGUGUCAAAAAAGGUUGGGUCAGACAAUUUGUGGUUGUUUGCGACUUCAAACUAUUCUUGUACGACAUAUCCGCCGAUCGCAAUGCCGUACCGAGCGUUCACGUGGCUCAAGUAUUGGAUAUGCGGGACCCGCAGUUCAGCGUGUCCAGCGUUAAAGAUUUGGACGUCAUUCACGCUAGUAAAAAGGAUAUUCCUUGUAUAUUUAAGAUAACGACUUCUUUGAUGGAACCGCCCGGUCCGAGAAACUCAACUUUAAUGUUAGCCGAUACAGAAGCGGAGAAAAAUAAAUGGGUGGUAGCGUUAGCCGAAUUACACAGGAUCAUGAAACGAAACAACUUACCCAAUACGACGGUCAUAGUGGCCCGAGAACUAAUUGAUACUUCCCUUACGUUGUUAAGAAACACCUUGAGCGCCGCCAUUAUCGAUCCCGAUCGAAUCGUUUUGGGUACCGAGGACGGCAUGUAUUGCGUCGAUUUAGACCGAACCGAGGUAGCGAAAAUCGGCGAAGGGAAGAAGAUCUUCCAGUUGGAGUACAUCAGUGAGGAGCAUCUUCUCGUGGUGGUGAGCGGUAAACAGAGACAGGUGCGGUUGGUACCUAUUAGGGCGCUGGACGGCGACGAAGUGGAGUGGAUCAAGGUUACGGAAAGCAAAGGAUGUUGCGUUCUUAGCGUGGGACCUGUUUUGAGGGCGCCUUUAACUUUCUGUUUGUGCGUGUCGAUAAAAAAACAGCAAAACUCAUCAGUGAUAAUAAUUUAUGAAAUAACUCGUACUAAAACCAGACAUCAAAGGGUGAGAGAAAUUGGGCUGCCGGUUACUGUUCAAUCUUUGCAAUUACUGGCGGACGGACGGCUGUGUGUAGGAUCUCCUUCCUGUUUUACCGUCUACAAUAUACAGAGCGGCGAUCAGCAAUUGAUAUCUUUGUUGCAUCCCGAUAAUCCUCUAUAUUCGACAAUAAUGUGCAGUGCCGUGGAAGCUGUGCGGGUCAUAGAACUUCCUAGGCACGAAUAUUUGUUGGUGUUCAAUACGCUGGCGGCAUUUGUAGAUAGGCACGGUAGACGGUCCAGAGACAGGGAAAUUAUGUAUCCGGCUGUUCCCACAGCAAUCGCAUACAGGGACGGUCAUCUGGUAGUAUAUAGUGAAACCCAUAUCGAUAUUUUCAAUUGCGCCACAGGCGAGUGGGUGCAAACUUUGAAUAUCAAAAAGGCUAAGCCGUUAAACGAAAGCGGCAGUCUGACUGUUUGUUUGCUAAACGAUCUCGCUCAUUUGCUUUAUUUAUCGAAUAUACAUCAAAGGGAAAUAAUCAAUAUAGAUAACAUAGUCACAGUAGAUAGAGAUGGUAGGACAAUACAUAAAACUAGGAGAAGAUUUUCGUUGAGGGAAGGCAAUAGGACGCAGCGAAUGAAUACCGAUCGUCGAUCGAAACUCAUAUCUGCGCCGACAAACUUCAACCAUAUCAGUCACAUGGGACCGGGAGACGGCAUCCAAAGACAGCGAUUGAUAGACCUGACGCCCACGCGUACUGACCAGUUACCAGACCACAAUCCGUUCAGUACGGCCACCACGCCUCCUCAAAGGGUGCCGUCGAAAGCGGCGCCACUUCCCCCGAAGCACGCAGAACGGAAGAGACCGGAAAUAUCGAAUCCGACGCCGAUCAGACCGUCCUUUCCAGCGUAUAACGGCGCCAAAAGAGCGGCACCGCCUCGACCAAGAGAACUCCCUCCCGCUUUGCCGAAACCCUGCGACAAAUCGCCGUCGCCCGAUCCGGCUAGCAUCGGUAGCAUGUCGUCCUUGCACGAGAUGAUCAAGGGAACCGAAAAUAGAAGUAGCCCCCGCCAUUCUAUCGCUAGCAAUAAUAGUUCGAACUUGUCGACGCCACCAUCCCCGCACGCAGACCAUCACAAUAGUUCGAGUUACGAUAGCUAAAACAGCUGCCGCCGUGGCCAAUGUCGUCGUCGAAGAACUAAAAAACAUAAACUGCAAGAAAUUCAAGACUUCGUUUUACAUAUUAAUUAUUGUGAGUGAAAUUUUUGAUAAUCGAUGAUAAUGAAUCGUUGUUGAUUGAUUGAUUAGAGUGUAAACUGUUCAAAAAUGUGCUGUCUAGCUAACAUUCGCCAAUUGCCAGAAACUAAAUAGGUGGAAAUUCUAGAAUAAUUAAUAUUUUUCGAUGCACCAGAUCCAAGUGGCAUAAUCAGUUUUGUUUUCAGCGUCUGAAGACGUUACAGAAGCUUCUGAAGUGAUUUACAUCAAGGUUUGUCCAUUUUACUAAUAAUAAUUUCGUUAUAGGCAACUAACUAUAUCGUCUUUACUGUAAGAGACAGAAGAACCACAGGGGUCAAAUCUAGCAAAUAAAGAGGAUGGGGUAUUGUUACGAAGGCCUUAAGGAGCAUAUAAGUUACAUACCUCCAUGAAUUAACUAUCUUUAGGUUUGCAAGUUCAACCGUUUUUUUUUUUACAGAAAAAUCAAUUUUUUACCGAUAUUUUUUUAACUUUUGUGUUUUAUGAUUCAUCAUCAAUAACAAUUGUUUUGCAUACCUUUGUUAUUCGCCUGUUUUUAUGAGCCUCUGGCAGUAAAUGUGGCACCCAACAACGAUGACCAGACAAUCAUUUUUUAUAUAAACUAGUCAAAACGAAAUAGGUAUCACUUAUUUAAAUUGAUAUAACUCCAAAAUCAGAGGAGAUACUUACAUUAAAUUUUGUGUUCUUAUAGUUUAGGUAUGUGUGUUUAAGAGUGUGUAAGUUUUAAUUUUUAAACAUUAUCGUACAUUUAAUAAAGUUAAAAAUCAAGCAAAUUAUAACAACACUUGUUUAUUAAUAUCAAAAAAUUUCAAAAUAAACAAAAACUAAUAAUUGACAAGGGGGGUAGACAUGUGUGAGUUGAGGUAAUUUUAAGGUGAAGGGGGAGAAAAAGUCCUUUAUAUCUCACAAGGACAGUUAAUGUUUAAUUGUUCAGUAAAACAUUGAGUGCGACCGGUUUCGAAGUAUCAUCACUUCAUCUUUAGGCUCGCCU